UCCAGAGUGAUGCACAUCCUCACCGUGGUGGUCUUCCUGGUAACCUUUGCCCUGGGCGUGCUGGGGAACGGCCUGGUCCUCUGGGUGACAGCGUUCUGCAUGAAGCGGACGGUGAACACCGUGUGGUACUUCAGCCUGGCGAUGGCCGACUUCCCGUUCACCCUCCUGCUGCCACUGAGUGCUGCCUACCAGGUGCUGGGCACCCACUGGCCCUUUGGCCUGGCCAUGUGCAAGCUGACCAGCGGCCUGUCGGUGCUGACCAUGUUCGCCAGCGUCCUGACAUUGGUCGCCAUCAGCGUUGACCGCUGUGUUGCCGUGGUGUUCCCGGUCUGGUCCCAGAACCGGAGAGGGCCUGGCCUAGCCAUGUCGGCCUGCGGCCUCGUCUGGUUGCUCUCCGUCGCCCUCAGUUCUCCCACCUUCGUUUACCGCGACACAUUCCAGGAGGGCAACAGCACCAUCUGCUUCACCAACUUCCUCACUGCCAAAGAGGAGGCCUCCCUCGAGUUGCUCGAGGAUGACGAUGAGGAGGCCUGGGCAGCCAUUGAUGCCCUCACGGCCUCCCGUUUCUUCUGGCUCUCUCUUUCCCAGAUCCUGGGCGGCUUCGUCCUCCCAUUCACCGUCAUCGGAGUGAGCUACGCCAUCCUCUGCCUCCGGCUACGCCAUCACCGCCUGGCCUCCAGGCCUGGAGGGAGCAAGCCCUUCCGCAUCAUGGCCACCGUGGUGACGGCUUUCCUGGUGUGCUGGCUGCCCUACCACACCAUCCUGCUCACCGAGAUCUGCCUACCGGUCGGGGAGCCCCUACCAUUGGCCCUGGAACUGGCUACCCCCCUCGCCUCAGGCCUCGCCGCCCUCAACAGCUGCCUCAACCCCCUGCUCUACAUCUGGGCAGGCCGCCAUUUCCGGGUCAGGCUCUGUCACUCCCUGCCUCGCAUCCUGGAGCAGGCCCUCACCGAGGACACUGGCCGCUCCAGCAAGACCAGGUCCUCCCUCCUGGGCGAGGGGGCCAGCACCAUCGUCUGAGGCCGUUCAGCCUCCCUCCCCCCGCUGCACCUGCUGUCCCACCCCACCGCAAUCGUUGGCAGCGCUAGCGUCUCUAGGCUCACAUUCCUGUCCCCCACCCCCACUCU